AAAGACUUGCUGCUUAAAACCUGCACUCGUAAAACGGAAUACGGGGAUAUUCUCUUUCAAUAUCGUCAUCAUCCAACACUGGUCGAUUCGUUCCCAAUCUCCCAUCACAUCCGAAAUUUAAGUUCCAAUAGAAAAUCACAAGAACACAAAACCAUUGCUCAACCAGUCAACCUUAAGGCUAGCUUAAUCAUUUGAUCCUUAGAACAAUAGAACCCAAUUUCCCCAAUCCUCAUCCUCAAUUUCUGCAGAAAAUGAUUCUGCAAACUCAAUCUCUCUCUUCCCACAUCAUCCCUUCAAAUUUCCUCCCUACCCAGAAACCCAAAUCCUCAAAACCCUCUAGUUUUCUCUCUCCCAAACCAAACCCAUUUCGCAAAUUCCCCUUAAAAUGCUCCUCCAUAUCAGUAGCUUCGGACCCCACAACAACAACAACCCAGAUGAAACCCUAUCCAGCUGAGGUUUCGAGGACUAUAAUGGAGUUAUCUUCAUCUGGGACUCUUUCUACUUUGACCCAUGAUGGCUGGCCUCUUGGGAUUGGUGUUCGUUUUACUGUUGAUUCUGAUGGCACGCCUAUUUUAGGAUUGAAUCUCUCUAAUCGACACUUUUCCAUUGAUAAAAGGUCUACUCUUCAUGUUCAGCUGCAGCAAUGUGGAGUGAGGACUCCGCAGUGUACCAUACAAGGUAGUCUAGAUAAACCUGAAGACGAAGUGACUCUGAAGAAGCUUCAUUCAGUGUGGAACAAUAGGUUUGGGGAAGAAAUCAAUGACAACCUCUUGUAUGUUGUUUCUGUGGACCGCGUACUGCAAUUAGAAGAUUUUCAGGAGGAUGGUGUAUGGGUGUCAUCUUCAGAUUAUAAAAAUGCAUGCCCAGAUCCUCUAAGAGAUAUCGCAGAAAAGAUUGUGAGUGAUAUCAAUGCAAACAACAUGGAGGAUGUACUUCGCUUUUGCAACAUUUAUGCAGAUUUGCAAUUUCAGGUAUCAGAGGCAAAAAUAGUGUGGGUUGAUCGGUUGGGUUUCGACAUGCGUCUCUAUUCACCUCCUAAUGGUACGUACGAGAUACGGAUCCCAUUCCCGAGGGAAGUGACAGACGAGAAGGGUGUGAAAUCAACAUUCAACGGGAUGUCUCAAAUCGCUUGGGAAGUGGAGAAGAAUUACCAUCCUCCUGAUUUUAAGAGAGUUAAACAAGUAAAGAGGCUUGCAGUAUCAAGACUAUAGAACAUGAUGGAUUUUCAUUUGCCAGAGGCAUACGGCGGCAUUUUUUUGAAGUGGAAUGCAAAGUUGCAAACCAAUUCUUGGCUUUUGUUUCGAGUUCACUUCUUUGAAAGUGAUGAGACAUUAUGUAGCAAAAUCUCUUUCAAAUUGGUGGUUGUGGAUUGUAAUUGUAUCAUUCAUUUUUUGAUAUAAAUUUUGCAUUUUGUGUAUAGGUAAAAGUGGAUGGAAUGAGCAUUAUAUAUUCGCUUUCACUA